UCACCCAGGUGUCGUCGCUGCCAACGGCCAACUCUCGUCCGGUGUCCGGACCCAGCUGUGAGCUCAGGGUCCACGCUACCUAGCGCCACUGCAGGAAGCAUGAAGGUGAAAGCUGAAUUAGAGCUGAGCCACGGGAGCAGGCGGCAGAGCGACACCAGACCUCCGCUCUUCACCAAAGUCCGGUGUUGGAAGCCCAGCGGACCCCUAGAGCAGGUGGCGCUGUCCGGGGAGCAGUCUGGACGUGAGCUUUCACCUUUCCUCCAUCAGGGCCCCCGGCCAGGGGCCAAGUCGAGAGCGGCCCGAGGAUCCUGGAGCCCAGAGGAGGACCAGAUGCUGGUCCUGCUGGUCCAACAGCUGGGGAUCAAAAGCUGGGCCCUGGUGGCCAGACACAUGUGCAGCAGGAGCGGGAAGCAAUGCCGCGAGCGCUGGAUCAACCACCUGGACCCCAGGGUGAAGAAGGGCAAGUGGACGCUGGAAGAGGAUCAGAUCCUGCGCAGGGCCCACGGCCAGCUGGGCAAUCGCUGGGCAGAUAUCUCCAAGCUGUUACCUGGCAGGACGGACAACGCCAUCAAAAACCACUGGAACGCCACGCUGAAGAGAGAGAGGAACUCCCUGGGCCCCUCCCCUGCCCUCUUUCCCGAGAGCCUGGAGCCAGCGCCCGUGGACGUGGACCUCUCCGGCCACUUGACCGAGUGCUGCCCCUUCUGUGGCUCCACCUUCAACCCCAGUCCUGUGCCUGCAUCAGGACAGACUGCACCAGAGCCGCUUCAUCCAGUGAAGACACGGACCUCAGCAGAGACCCAGCUUCAGUCUUUAGUGAGACGGCUGGAGGAUGUUGAGCAGAAGGUCAGAGGUCUGCAGAUGUCCAGCUGGAGUGAGAAGGUCAGGAGUGAAGGCGCUCACUCCCAGGUGGCAGAGGUCCUCAGCAGGUUCCCUGAUGUCCAUGACUCGAGCUGCACACCACUCGUGGGACAAGACUUGCUGUUGUAUCCAGCAUCUCCUCCAGAUGCAGCUGCUGAAGUGAGCCAGACUCUGAUGGAACAGGUCCAGUUCUGGCCACCGACCAGUGAGCAGCUGGAACACGUGUUACCAUGGUAACCGUCCUGUCAUCGGCCUCAAUUCCAGGCUGGUGACCCUCAACUGAAGUUCAGAUGAGCCACUGCAGAACAAUUGAAUGUGUUUGAGUGUCAUACUUGAUCCGCUCCUCACCAAUGAACCGGCCAAUCGAUGGCCCAGCCCACCUGCCACCUCGCCACUGUUCGGAGGGAAAACUCCAGAGUCAACAUUCCAUACUGAAUUGAAGAGACACACUGAUGGAAAAGUUUGUUCUUUUAUGGUCAUUUCAACUAAAAUCAGCUGGAGAAACAGCCUGGUCUGGGUUUGUCACGCUGAGCAGCAUCACAGUCACAUUGUCUCCACUGCCUCUUCUCACUGCUUCACUGCAAAGUUGGUGAGUUGCUGAGUCCAGCUGACCUCCGUCCUGCAGGCAGACGGAGAGGCCGUGGUCAGCUGUGGCGCCGGGACAAGGGCAAUCUGCGCACUGACCUGGAGAAUCUGCAGGACCAACUUAACCGCUUCUUCUGGGGAGAAGACUUUGAACAAGCCAUCACAGGCCACCAGGAGAAACCUGCGGGAGGAGCAGUCGUCAGGCACGGACGACGCGGACCUCCACACGGCAGGAGACGCUCACCGAUCCUUGUGAGUCAGCUGGCACCUCCUCAGGUCCGGCGUUGAGAUGACGCCACAACGUUUGAACUGACCGUCGCCAAUGGACCUGGAAACCUCCAGAACUCCCAGCACUCGUCCGUCCCUGCAAAAGCAGGUCCAGACCAGUUCAGCCCUGAACUGAAGGGAGAGACCAGCGUGCGCGCGUGUCUGUGUGUGUACCUCACAGUUCCACCAGCUCUCUGGAUCCUCAUCCGCUCUUCGUAGAUGGUGGGGUUAUGUUCUUGACUGAGAGCCAGGACCACAGACCUUUGACUGCCGUCCGUCUGCUCCACCCUGCACAGCACUGCCUACACACACACACACACACAGAGACAGACACACCGCCUGCAGACCAACGACUGCACACACAAAGAGGCAGAAAGGCGGGGUUUGGUACCCGACUGUCCCCGAGAUUGGCCACGUAGACGGUGCGGUCCAGCACCAGGACGCAGGUGGCCGUGCAGCCAUCCUUCCAGGCCGGCUUCCUUUGUGACAGCGGCUGGUGAGAAUCAAAGUGUCAGACUGCUGGAAGAGAGGCACGAGGCUCACUGGCGGGAGGCUUUCUUCAGGAACUCCUCAUCCGUUUGCCGAAAACUGUCCACCAGACAUUUUUUGAUCUGCUGCUCCAAGUUGCCUGUCUUCCCUGGAGAUGAGAGCAGUGUGAGACAAGGAGGGGGUAGUGGGGGGGCUGGAUCGUCUCCACUCACCCCGGGGAAAGUUCCGGAUCAGAUACUUGUGAAGGUGGUCGGCUGCGAACCGGGAGGCCCGGGAGCCUCCGUGUCCGUCAAAGACGGCGUAGUACGAGACCUUGGAUCUGCACGAGACAGCACGGCAUC